UUUAGCAGCACAACCAUGGAGGUUGUGGCAUCCACUCUCCCUUCUUCAUCUCUCAAACUCAAACCCAAUCCCACUCCCCAAAUCUUCGUCACCAAAAGCCAUCUCUGCAACACCACCGGCAAACCCACCUCACCUUCUCUGCUUUACAUUGGCCAAAUCUAUGGCGACACUAGUAAACCCAACAGGUCCAAACUCCCAAACUCAACUGGGUUCUUCUCCGUCAAAGCUUACGUAGACAACCCAAACUCCAUCUCCAGCUUCGCCAGCAAAGUCAUCGGUUCUCUCCCCGUCGUGGGAUUAAUAGCUCGCAUUCUGAGCGAUGAGGGAGGCGUUGGUGGUGAGAUUAUCGAUUUCGCUGAGUUUCGGAGAAGGGUGGGGAAGAAAUGUACUAUUACUGAUUCCCGAGCCUUUUAUGAGUUCCAAGAACGACGAGGCCGGGCAGGGGAUCCUCUGUAUGUGCUAAUGUGCUGCUAUGUAGCUGCGGUUGGUGCUGGUCUUCUUAAGUCUGAAGAGAUUUUAGAAGGGGCCGCGAGGCUGAGGGUUUCGAAUGACAUUGAGUUUGAAGAGCAGAAUUUCAUUGCCUUGAUGAAUGAGGCAAAAGAGAGAAGGGCAAAGAUAAAGGCUGAUACACAAGUCAUUCCAAUGGAGAGUCGGGUUGAGAAGGCGCUUGAAGCGAUUUACAUAUGUUGCUUUGGGAGGGAUCCGGUAGAAGAACAAGAUGAGAAUCUUCUAAAUGUGAUGCUUAGGGCUGUGUUUCCAUCUGUUGAGAAGUCCGAGAUACAGCGGAUUAUCAGGGAAAAGGCACAGAAGGUAGCUGAUGGUGGUGAUGAUGGCAGAUCCCCGGAGCCAAAGCCCUUAUCGAAAGAAGCAGUUAAGAUGCAAAUGAAGGACCUCGAGUUCCUCCAACAAAAUAGAGACAAUAACUGAAUGGAGUUCUUGUAAGCGAAUUCAAGAAUGAGAAACUGCAGCAUUUUCGCUACAGAAUGUCACUAAAAUAGAACGAAACUGGUCUCCAGAAAUUGUAUUAUCCAUGUUGGAACGAAACAAAGAGUGCUCUUGAUUAUGGA